CCGGAAGCGAUUCCUCGCCCUGGUAGCGCCGGGAAGAAGGGUUCAGGCCGCCGAAGACCUGGAAUACCUAGUUUCCGGAGUGUGGGGGGUGUGAGACUGUGGUGCGAAGAGAGCGGAGGAUAAUAAAGUGCGGGGUGGCUAGGGGGCCCCCGAUCCAGCUACCCGAACUCCCACAGGCACGGGUUGGGGCGCACAGCCGAGCGCACCUGGCGGCUUCGGCCGGCGACCGCGGGCUUCGCUGUCACAGGAAGUUGGGCCCGGCCGCCGGGAAGGGAAAGGAAAGUGGGCAUGAGGAGGCGGUGACAGGCCCCUGCCCCCCAGGUGACGGGCCCACCCAGCGAGUUGGAUGUAGCCGCCCGGCGCGUGUUCGGCCGCCCACACGCUGAGACCGCGGGGUUUGCCUUCUGGGCAAGGAGGAGGAAGGAGCGAGGUCCAGGCUACAGCGCGAGAACACGGAGGUGGGAAGCUGAAGCAUCUCCGUAUCUCCUUUCUCCAGCAAUGGGAAAUCCAGAAAACACAGAAGACGCGUAUGUUGCUGUUAUUCGCCCAAAGAAUACUGCCAGUCUCAAUUCUCGGGAAUACAGAGCUAAAUCAUAUGAAAUUUUGCUACAUGAAGUUCCCAUUGAAGGACAGAAAAAAAAGAGAAAGAAAGUUUUAUUGGAAACUAAACUUCAGAGCAACAGUGAAAUAACACAAGGCAUAUUGGACUAUGUAGUAGAAACAACCAAACCAAUUUCUCCUACAAACCAAGGUAUCAGAGGAAAACGAGUUGUACUAAUGAAGAAAUUUCCUCUGGAUGGAGAGAAGAUGGGCAGAGAAGCAGCAUUAUUUAUUGUUCCAUCAGUUGUCAAAGAUAAUACUAAAUAUACAUAUACUCCUGGAUGCCCAAUUUUUUACUGCUUACAAGACAUUAUGAGAGUCUGUAGCGAAUCCAGUACUCACUUUGCUACUCUUACAGCAAGGAUGUUAAUAGCCUUGGAUAAGUGGUUAGAUGAACGUCAUGCACAAUCUCACUUUAUUCCAGCUUUAUUCCGACCUUCUCCUCUUGAGCGGAUAAAAACUAAUAUCAUAAACCCUGCAUAUGCUACUGAAUCAAGCCAGACAGAAAACUCACUACAUAUGGGCUAUAGUGCACUAGAAAUAAAAAGUAAAAUGUUAGCCCUAGAGAAAGCAGAUACCUGUAUUUACAACCCUUUGUUUGGGUCAGAUCUUCAGUAUACAAACCGGGUAGAUAAAGUGGUAAUAAAUCCAUACUUUGGUCUAGGAGCUCCAGACUACUCAAAAAUCCAAAUUCCCAAACAGGAAAAAUGGCAGAGAAGCAUGAGCAGUGUCACAGAAGACAAGGAACGACAGUGGGUAGAUGAUUUUCCUCUCCAUCGAAGUGCUUGUGAAGGAGAUUCAGAAUUACUAAACCGUCUCCUCAAUGAAAGAUUUUCAGUCAAUCAAUUAGACAGUGACCACUGGGCUCCCAUUCAUUAUGCAUGCUGGUAUGGUAAAGUUGAGGCCACUCGCAUAUUGUUAGAUAAAGGAAAGUGUAAUCCAAACCUCUUAAAUGGACAGCUUAGUUCCCCACUUCAUUUUGCUGCUGGAGGAGGACAUGCUGAAAUAGUACAGAUUCUCCUAAACCAUCCAGAGGUUGAUAGACAUAUAACGGACCAACAAGGAAGGUCCCCUUUAAAUAUUUGUGAAGAAAAUAAGCAAAAUAACUGGGAAGAAGCUGCAAAAUUGUUGAAGGAAGCCAUUAACAAACCAUAUGAAAAAGUUAGAAUAUACAGAAUGGAUGGAUCAUACCGUUCCGUUGAACUGAAGCAUGGAAAUAACACCACAGUACAGCAGAUAAUGGAAGGAAUGCGUCUCUCUCAAGAAACACAGCAAUAUUUCACUAUUUGGAUCUGUUCAGAAAACCUCAGCCUUCAACUGAAGCCUUAUCAUAAACCCUUGCAACAUGUUCGGGACUGGCCAGAAAUACUUGCUGAAUUGACUAAUUUAGAUCCCCAAAGGGAAACACCACAGCUUUUCCUACGAAGAGAUGUGAGACUUCCUUUGGAAGUUGAAAAAAAGAUUGAAGACCCCCUAGCUAUUCUUAUUCUCUUUGAUGAAGCCAGAUACAAUUUAUUGAAGGGCUUUUAUACAGCUCCUGAUGCUAAACUGAUAACAUUGGCAAGUCUACUGUUGCAAAUAGUUUAUGGAAAUUAUGAGAGUAAAAAACACAAACAAGGCUUCCUAAAUGAAGAAAAUCUAAAAUCCAUUGUACCUAUUACCAAAUUGAAAAGUAAGGCACCUCAUUGGACAAACCGAAUACUUCAUGAAUACAAGAAUCUUAGUACAAGUGAGGGUGUCAGUAAAGAAAUGCAUCACCUUCAGCGCAUGUUCUUACAGAAUUGCUGGGAAAUUCCUACAUAUGGAGCAGCUUUUUUCACAGGACAGAUAUUUACGAAGGCAAGCCCCAGCAACCAUAAAGUCAUCCCUGUGUAUGUAGGAGUGAAUAUAAAAGGACUUCAUCUCCUCAACAUGGAAACUAAGGCUUUACUCAUCAGUCUUAAAUACGGUUGUUUUAUGUGGCAAUUGGGAGAUGCUGAUACUUGUUUUCAGAUCCAUAGUAUGGAAAAUAAAAUGAGUUUUAUAGUACACACAAAACAGGCUGGCCUCGUGGUGAAACUGUUAAUGAAGUUAAAUGGACAGUUAAUGCCCACUGAAAGAAAUUCUUGAGAGGAAAGCAGCUGAUACUUAAGCCACCAUUUUGUGUUACAGAUUUUUUUUCCAUGAAAGAUUUCUUAUACCAUUAUACUUAAUAAGGCAUUUAGUCUCUUGGAAUAUAUAUGUAUACUGUUACAUUGUACAGAAUCUGUACUUAUGCUUGGUGUGUAAUAUACCAAUUAGUUUUAUAUAAUAACCUCAUAAACUAUUAAGAGAAACACAUAAAGAUGUAGAUUGAUUGGCUAUUAUUAGGCAAAAUAGUAAGCUUUAUUAAAAAAAGUUAUUUUUUUGUAAAUGGUAAAGAAUUUGAAGUGGAAUGUGAUGAAUUAAAAUAUAGCCUUGGUAUAACUUUGUGUGUCAUUUCAGAAUAUACUGAAAGUAAACAUAAUUUGAAUAAAGAAAAUGUAUUUUCUACUUACACCAAUUAGUGC